AUGGCGACGACAACACAACACCCAGUGCCGCCGGAGGAGGGAAAGCUCCUCAGCGAGGCCUUGAGCACUGUCAAGGUUCAAGUUCAGCAGAUGAAGCGCCAUCUCGAACUGGACCAGCUUAUGGACGCGCUGAAGAGUGCGAGUCUUAUGUUGGCAGAGCUCCGGACGUCGUCGUUAUCACCUAAACAGUAUUAUGAACUCUAUAUGGCCAUCUUCGACGCUCUAAGAUACCUCUCCAAUUAUCUAUAUGACGCGCACACCUCUGGACGACAUAGCCUACCGGAACUCUACGAAUUGGUGCAAUAUGCCGGUAACAUUGUCCCGCGGUUGUACUUGAUGAUCACAAUUGGGUCGGUGUACAUGUCAGUUCCGGAUGCGCAGGUCAAGGAGGUUAUGAAGGAUAUGUUGGAGAUGUCCAGGGGUGUGUUGAACCCUGUGAGAGGGUUGUUCUUGAGGCACUAUCUCAGUGGCCAGACCAGAGAUCAUUUACCCGUUGGGAACGUACCUGGACCUGCGGGAUGUCUACAGGACUCGAUCGAGUUCUUGCUCAGCAACUUUAUCGAGAUGAACAAGCUUUGGGUCCGGUUGCAGCACCAGGGUCACUCCAGAGAUCGCGAGAAGCGCGAGAUGGAACGCCGCGAGUUGAGGAUUUUGGUUGGAACGAAUUUGGUGCGGUUAAGUCAGUUGGAUGGGGUGGAUUUGGAUUUGUAUCAGAAGACUAUCCUCCCAAGUAUCCUGGAGCAGGUGGUGAACUGCAAGGAUGUGAUUGCUCAGGAGUAUCUUAUGGAGGUCGUCAUUCAGGUCUUCUCCGACGAGUUCCACCUGCACACUCUCGGCCCAUUCCUCUCGGCGACCGCCCAACUCCACCCCAAAGUCAACAUCAAACAAAUCGUCAUCGCCUUGAUCGACCGGCUCGCCCUUUACGCGUCGCGCGAAGCCGAGAACGAGGACCCUGAGGAGACCAAGAGGCAGGAAGAGGCUGCGGCGAAGAGGUUAGCUGAGAAAGUCAAGUUGCAGAAAGCCAAGGCGAGGGAACAGAGGUGGGCUACGUCACCCCCUACUUCGCCGACGACAGCACCAGAGGCGAAUGCGUGGGCUUCGGAGGUGGCGUCGCCUACGAGUCCCCGGACCACCGAGAGCUUCGAGGAGGCAGGAGAAAGCGAGAAGGAGAAGGUCAAUGAGGAGCCAGCCACGCCAUCGACUGAGCCGAAGGGCAAGGAGAAGGAAGGUUCCCCCACGAGAAAGUUCAGAGGUAUUCCGGAGAAUGUGCCUCUGUUCGAGGUCUUCUGGAAGCAGGUUGUCGACCUCAUCAAGGCCCGCCCCGAUCUUUCCAUUCAAGACAUUACAGCUCUACUUGUUUCCUUGACCAACCUAUCCGUCAGCUGCUACCCCGACCGUCUAGAAUACGUGGAUCAAAUUCUCGGAUUUGCUGCGGACAAGAUCAAGGAGUUCAAGGAUAGUCCCGACCUCCACGCCCAGCAAACAACGGCGAAUCUCGCAGCGCUACUGGUAUCACCCAUUAACUCUUACCAGUCCGUCCUCACUCUCCUUGCCAUCCCCAACUACGGCCCGCUCCUCUCCCGACAAUUGUUCUCCACCCGCCGUUCCAUCGCACACUCCCUCGUUUCGUCCGUCCUCAAGAACGAGACUAUUGUUGAAACACCCGAAGAUGUUGAUGGCGUUCUCGACCUUUGCCAUGUCCUCAUCAAAGACCAAUCCGAUGUUAACACCAACCUGCCGCCACCUAACGGUCAACCUGGUAGUCGCGAAAUCCGACGACAAGGACCAUUCUUCUUGGAGAGGGAGGAGAUGGCUGAGGAACAGGGAUGGGUUGCUAGGAUGGUUCAUUUGUUCAGGGCCGAGAGUCUGGAUGUUCAGUUUGAGUUGUUGCAGACUGCGAGGAGACACUUCGAUAUGGGUGGGGAGAGGAUGAAGUUUACGUUCCCUGCGUUGAUCACUGCCUCUAUCAAGUUGUGCAGGAGGUACAAGCUUCGGGAGAGUGUGGAAACGGAUUGGCAGGGCAAAGUGUCGACUAUCCUCAAGUUUGUACGGCAACUCACCUCCAUUCUUGCCACCCAAGUCGAAGCACCAAGCAUCGCCCUCCGUCUAUUCCUCCUCGCCGCCCAGAUCGCCGAUGAAUGCGGGUUCGAAGACCUCGCUUAUGACUUUUACGUGCAAGCCUUUAGCGUCUAUGAGGAUUCGAUAUCUGAAUCUCGAGCGCAGUUGCAAGCUAUUACACUGAUCAUUGGUACGCUGGCGGGUGCCAAAGUGUUUGGAGUGGAUAAUUAUGACACGUUGAUCACGAAGGCUGCGCUGCAUGGAGCAAAGCUUUUGAAGAAGAGUCAUCAGGCUACUGCUGUGGGCCUUGCUAGUCACUUGUGGUGGCAGCAGGCCAACCAGUUUGGAGCUGCUGAGACUGUGGUUGUUAAGGCUCCGACGCCGCCUGGGGAAAAGGCGAAGGAGGAUGGGAAGGAGGAGGGUAAAGAGAAAGAGGGCAAGGAGAAGGAUGGGGAGAAGGCUAAGAAGGAGGAGAAAGAGAAGAAGGAAAAGGAUGAAGUGAAGGAGAGGGAGGUUGAGACUAGUCCUAAAGCCUUCCCUCAUCAAGAUGGCAAACGCGUCCUAGAGUGCCUACAGAAAGCCUUGCGAAUUGCAAAUUCUGCGAUUGAGGAGAUUGUCACUAUUCAACUAUACUGCGAUACCCUAGACCAAUACCUAUACUACCUCGAUUGCGGAACACCUGCGGUGGCGCCCAAGUUCGUCAACAGCCUCGUCGAAUUGAUCACCUCCAGCAUCGACAACAUCUCGUCUCCCGACGUCCACCCAUCGCAGCGCGCUCCACCAGGUCUCAUUGAAGGUGUCCAGACGCCCGAGAUGAUCACACGGCAUUUCAGGAAUACCCUUAUCCAUAUACAGAACAGGAAGAAUGCGGCUAUGGAUGGUGAACCCGGUAUUGAUCCUAGAUGGGACGAUGUCGAUGUCGUGGGUGCUGUUUUGAAGAUGGGCAUUGGGAGGUAGUGGCAAGAGGGUUUCUUCUGGCCACUGUUUGUUGUCGAUGGAGGGUGGUUACCCGCUCCUGCUUUAUAUUCUCACUUUUUGUGUUUCGUGUAGUGUACUUUUACCUAUUUCACA